GAUUUCAGCAUCGUUUGGGAUUUUGGCAUCGUUUUUGGAUUUUGGCAUCGUUUUAGAAUUUCGGCAUCAUUUUGGGAUUUUGGUAUCAUUUUGGGAUUUUGGCAUCAUUUUGGAAUUUUGGCAUCGUUUUGGGAUUUUAGCAUCGUUUUAAGAUUUCGGCAUUGUUUUGGGAUUUUGGCAUCAUUUUGGGAUUUUGAUAUCGUUUUGGGAUUUUGGCAUCAUUUUGAGAUUUUGGCAUCGUUUUGGAAUUUUGACAUCAUUUUGGAAUUUCGGCAUUGUUUUGGGAUUUCGGCAUUAUUUCGGCAUCAUUUUGAGAUUUCAGCAUCAUUUUGGGAUUUCGGCACUAGUUUGAGAUUUCGGCACUGGUUUGAGAUUUCGGCAUCAUUUUGGGAUUUCGAUAUCAUUUUGGGAUUUCGAUAUCAUUUUGGGAUUUCGGCAUCAUUUUGGGAUUUCAGCAUCAUUUUGGGAUUUCGGCAUCAUUUUGGGAUUUUGGCAUCAUUUUGGGAUUUUGGUAUUAUUUUAGGAUUUUGA